AUGCCAGACUCAGACAACCAAAAUUUCCGCCGCGGCCCCUGGUCUCCGGAAGAAGAUGCCAAACUGCUGGAAUUGAUUCAGACCUACGGGGCCACUAAUUGGGUGCGAAUCUCGCAGACCCUGGGCACAAGGACCCCGAAGCAGAGCAGGGAACGGUUCCACCAGAACCUGAAGCCAAGUCUGAACAAAACACCCAUCUCCGCUCAAGAGGGUGCUUAUAUAGAGGAGCUUGUUGCCAAAUACGGAAAGCGUUGGGCAGAAAUCGCGAGACAUCUCAAUGGCAGGAGCGAUAAUGCCAUCAAGAAUUGGUGGAAUGGCGGGGCAAACCGCAGAAGACGCGCAUCUCAGCCUGUCAACUCCACGUCGAUGCAUUCGUCGCUUCAUACUACUCCAUCGCAGACUCCUACACCAGUGCAGUCGGCCGGAGCUUCGACACCAGCACCUCCGUCUCAGGGAGGCCCAACCCAGGAAGUGGCUUUCAAGACCUCGAUAUUCGACCAGAUGCAACCUCCGGCCCAGUUACCACCCUUGAGGAACUCGCGAAGUGCCUCGAUGGACUUGAAGAUGACAGACGUACAGCUGCCUCACCUGCCCCAACAUCUGUACCCACAACUCCCUCCUCUCAGAAACAAACGCAAGUAUCUGGAAGAGCAAUCGCCCCAGCAACAACAGCCCAGAAGACAUUCCAGUGCGCAGAUUGGAGUUUUCAACAACUUUUCUAGCUCUUCGCCUUCUCUGGUGCACACGCCUCCGCUCUCAGCUUGGUCCCCCUUUCCUUCGUCGCCUCUGUCACAUCCACAGUCCAGAAAUUCGUCAAUAUCGCACGAACUCAUCAGUCUCGAUUCCAGAAGAUCAAGUAUCCUGGAUCAUGAUGUGACCCAGACAAGUCAGCUGAGUAAUCUCAGUAAUCUGAGUCGAUCCAGCAUCAACUCGCAGACCCAACGAGGCUCGUACGAGGAUACAAAUGCCAAACCACAGCAUCAUUUCCAGCAGGAACCCAUAGUGCUACCGCACCUCCAUAAUCAUGCCCCUGUCCCACAGAUGUCGCAGAUCCAGUUCCAGCCUCUCAGCGCACACCAUCCGCUGUCGAAGUCGCAGCAGCCCUUGAAUUCGCUCUUAAAUCCGAAUUUAAAUCCGCAACAGCAGUUGAAUGUGCAAUCGAACCCACAAUCUCAGUUGCAUUCGUUCCAACCACCACGCGAGCAGGCUCAGCAGGAACUUUCACAGCAACAGGUGCAACUGCCUCCACCCCGAUUGCCUCAGCAACCUGUCCAACAGGCCCAGCAGGCCCAACAGGCCCAGCAAUCUCAGGUUCACGAUUCGCAGGACUCCAUCUUCAAGAAGGAGUUCACGUUCAGCGAGAGCAGUGAGGAGGAGAAGUCCAAAAGAAUGAGCAUCCAGUAUUUGAUGUGA